GUAGCUUUAGUUGGAAAGGAAGAGAGAGGGGAAGAUAGAGAUGAGGCAAUCAAGAAACAUGGGGUCAGCAGUCCAGACCUACAUAGAGUUCAAAGUGAUUUAUUGAAGAGAUUCCCCGGACGGCAGUAUCAAAUAGACACCUUGCUGACAAUAAUGGGAAAACCCAGGGAUGAUGUUAUGCCCUUUGUCUUUAUUUAUGGAGCCCAAUCGAGUGGAAAGACCUCAGUUGUUAAGUCAUUAAUGUCAUUAUUGAAAGUGCGGCACUGCUAUGUGGAUAUGAGGGAGUGCUAUUCAAAUAGAGUUCUGUUUGAAAGCAUAUUGAAUGAAUUAACUGGUGUUACCCCAUCCUCCACUAAUAAAUACACUGGCCAUACUCGCUGUGACUCCCUCACUGGUUUCGUAACGGAACUAAAAUCAGUAUUAAGUAGAGACAGAGAUAUUGUUGAUGUAGAAGAAAGUAGUGUGAUAGGUGAAGCUGGUGAUACAGUAUACAUAGUGAUUGAUAAUGCUCAAAUGUUGAGGGACUCAAAUGAGACACUUCUACCUGCUUUAAUCAGACUACCAGAACUGACACAUUCUAAUCUUUGUAUGAUAUUUAUAAGUGUUCUCAGCUGGGAUCAGUUUUCCUUCACAACAGGCAUUAGGCCACCAUUUAGACUACACUUUGCACAAUAUAGCAAAGAUAAUGUCAUUAAGAUUUUGUCGAAUAAUUUAAGCUCUCAGAAAUACUCUAGCUCCUUUAUUAUAAACUAUUCAAAUAUGAUUUAUAACAUAGUGAGUGCUGUGAGUCGAGAUUUGAAGGACCUACUAUACAUAUCAAAUAUAUUUUUCCCCUUAUACUGUCAGCCAGUGGAUCAAAGGCAAGUUUCAGAGUCUGCAUCUCGUAAGCUCUGGAGUCACAUUGAGCCACACUUCAAAGCUCACAUUAGUAAAUUACUAUUGAGAAACCGAUCAAGUGAGAUUACUAUCAAUGAGAUACUGACUGAUAAGCAAGUUACCUGUCGUAGCUCCGAAUUAUUGCAAUUUCCUGUCCCAAUCAAAUACAUAUUAAUCUCUUCUUAUUUGGCCUCACAUAAUGCGUCCAGUACAGAUAAGAGAUUCUUCUCAAAGAGGAAACAGAAAAAGAGACGACAUGAGAAUUUAAAUAAAAGGAAAAGAGAAGAAAUAAAGCGUUAUUUGUCAGGCCCAAAGUCUCACCCACUUGACAGACUCAUGGCCAUUUAUCAUAGUAUAACUGAGGGAGAUAAUUGCUCUAGCCCUAACGUGUUCUCACAGGUUGAAACAUUAGUCAGUUAGAGGUGUUUGUCAAGAACUGGUGGAGCUGGUUCACUUGAUUCAGUCAAAUACACAUGUCUACUAACUUUUGAACAAGUAUCAGCUAUUGCAAAGAGUAUUGAUUUCGAAAUAGUUCGCUAUCUCAACGAUUACAAUUAAUGAUAUAGCACAGUCGCACUUUUUAGAUUAUUUUUUACUUUAUAUCACAUACGUUACAUGUACACCUAUUAUUAAUAUUUAUGAUAUUUUUAAAGCUCAAA